AUGCCGCCCAAAUUCGGCCUCAACCUCCCCAAUUCAAAGAACUCCACAGCCGUCAAAAAGCAACCCAACUUACUAGCUGGCCAAAAGCGCAAGAAGCCGGUAUUUGGCGACUCGGGUUCGGAGGACGAUGAUGACGAAGGGGGGAUAGCUUUUUCCGGUCGGAAUAAUAAUAAUGAGAAUAAAAAUAAAAACGGCGCUAUCGAAAUCACGACUUUGGGAGGAUUGGAUAAUAAUAACGACAACGACGAAGAAACACAGCAGCAGCAGUCGGCGCAAAGAGAGAAAUCAAAGAAACCGUUAUUAACCGGACUGUCAGCUGCAAAACCUCCAGCCCCUAAAAAAAUCGGAAUCAAUCCGUUAAAAAGCAGCAUUUUUGACGAUGAAAACGACGAGGGGCAACAACAAAACGAAAAAGGUGAUGAUGGGUCAAACAAAAAGAAAUACGGAUUACAACCAGGAGGGAAAAAUAUCGACUACUCAAACCUCUCUGCACUACACUCGAGUCGAAAGCACGCCAAAGAAGCCGAACAAAUCGACCCUUCCAUCUACUCCUACGAUGCAGUCUACGAUAGCAUAAAAGCCAAACGUGAGAAACCCAACAAAUCUACCUCCGCCAACGGCGACCAGGAGAGUUCCAGGUACAUGGAUGCGCUAUUACGCAGCGCCGAAGUCCGAAAACGGGACCAAAUGCGCGCACGAGAUCGUCUGCUGACCAAGGAGCGCGAAGCCGAAGGAGACGAGUUUGCCGACAAGGAGAAAUUCGUAACGUCGGCAUACCGCGCGCAGCAAGAAGAAGUAAAGCGCAUGGAAGAGGAGGAAGCAAAGAGGGAAGAAGAGGAGGAGAAACGGCGGAGGGCAAACGGCGGGUCCGGGAUGGUCAGCUUCUAUCGCGACAUGCUCGCACGAGACGAGGAGCAGCAUGGCGAGGCGAUGAAAGCAGCACAAGAGGCAGUCCAAAGAGCUGCCGCGGGCGAAGAAAAACCCACAGAAGCUGCAGAAAACCAAGCGACAGAAAAAUCCGAAGCCCAAAUAGCCGCCGAAUUGAACGCGCGCGGUGCCAAAGUUGUCGUCAACGACGAAGGACAAGUCGUCGACAAGCGUCAAUUGCUCAGUGCAGGUCUCAACGUUGCCCCUAAACCCAAGGCAAAACCAGCAGCUCCGGUUGCAGCGUCUGCAGCAUCACGUCCUGGUGCGCGUGGUCCGUCUAAUGAGGCAUUUUCAGCACGUGGUGCGCAACGCGCUCGUCAAACCGAGAUGGUCGCUGCUCAGCUCGAGGAGCGCGCAAAGAAAGAGGAAGAAGCAGAAGCAGAACAGCAAAAACAGAUUGCCGAGAAAAGCCGCAGUCGCAAGACCGACUCGGAUGUUCAAAGCGCUCGCGAGCGUUAUCUUGCGCGAAAGCGCGAGAAGGAGGCACAAGCCAAGGGUGGUGGUUCAUAA